GCCGCCAUGAAGAAGGUGAAGCGGCAGAAGGAGGAGGAGCUGGAGAAGGAGCGAAACCGCAGCAUUGGGAAACCACUGCUCGGAGGGCCCUUCUCCCUCGUCAGCCAUGAGGGACAGCCCAAGACCAGCAAGGACUACGUUGGCCAGUGGGUGCUGAUCUACUUUGGCUUCACACAUUGCCCUGACGUCUGUCCUGAUGAACUGGAGAAAAUGAUCGAAGUGGUAGAUGAAAUUGAUAGAAUUCCAUCGUUGCCUAAUCUGACUCCACUCUUCAUCACCAUUGAUCCUGAGAGGGACAACGAGGAAGCCAUUGCCAGAUAUGUUAAAGAGUUUUCUCCGAAGCUGAUCGGAUUGACUGGUACCAAGGCACAGAUCGACAAAGUGGCCAGAGCUUACCGUGUAUAUUACAGCGAAGGUCCCAAAGAUGAGGAUGAUGAUUACAUAGUGGAUCACACAAUAAUAAUGUACCUCGUCGGGCCAGAUGGUGACUUUGUGGACUAUUAUGGCCAGAAUAAGAGGAGCACUGAGAUUUCUGCUUCUAUUGCUGCACACAUGAGAAAAUACAAAUCCUAA